AAAGGGUUUCUCGCUUUCUUUCUCUUCCCCCACACCAUUUUUUCUCUCCCCCACAAAGAGAAUGAGCGUUUCCCUCCCCUGUUCCUCUACCACCGAACACAACCAUCCCCCAAUCUCCCUCUGCUAACGUGCGCACCCCCCUCCCACUACUUUAUAAAACCUAGGGUUUCCUUUUCCCUCUCCUCUCUCUCUCUCUCUCUCUCUCUCUCUCUGUCAAACUUGGAGAACCACUUCGAUUCCGAUUCCGAUUCCGAUUUUGAAUUCAAAGAAGAAGAAGAAGAUUGAAGAAGGUUCUGAAGUUCGAGUUGGGGUUAGGGUUUUUGAGAGAUGUGGGAUGCUUCAGGCAUUGAUGAAUCUGCUCUCUCUGUGCUGGAGGCCAUUCGGGCAGCACGACGGUGAGAGACUCGAUCAAAUCGGUGUGAUCGGAGCAACCAAUUUCGUCGGAAGAGAUGGAUUGCUUUGGUACCGCGAUAUCGGAAAGUACGCCACGGGAGAUUUCUCCCUGGCCGUCGUCCAAGCCAACCUCAUCCUCGAAGACCAUUUCCAGAUCGAGUCCGGUCAAUUCGGUACCUUCGUCGGCGUCUACGACGGUCACGGUGGCCCCGAGGCCGCUCGCUACGUCUGCGAUAACAUGUUCAAUCAUUUCCAAGCAACAUUAGCUGAGGCGAGGGGAGUUGUGACAGCUGAUACCAUCCAGAGAGCUUUCCUCCAAACGGAGGAAGGGUUUACUGCUCGUGUAUCGGAGUUAUGGAGUACUCAACCCAAUAUGGCAACUGUUGGGUCAUGCUGUCUGGUUGGAGUUAUAUUUCAGCGGACUCUUUUUGUGGCAAACCUUGGAGAUUCCCGCGUUGUGUUGGGCAAGAAAGUUGGCAACACUGGUGGAAUUGCUGCCAUACAGUUAUCAACAGAGCACAAUGCAAACUUUGAGGAUAUCAGGCAGGAGCUUAAGGAGUUACACCCUGAUGAUCCUCAAAUCGUUGUCCUUAAGCAUGGAGUUUGGAGAGUAAAAGGCAUUAUUCAGGUUUCAAGAUCUAUAGGCGAUGUAUAUAUGAAACAUGCCCAGUAUAACAGAGAACCAAUUAAUGCAAAAUUUAGACUUCCUGAGCCAAUGGACAUGCCAAUCAUGUCUGCCACCCCAACUAUUAUUUCGCAUCAACUCCAACCAAAUGAUUCUUUCCUUAUAUUUGCAUCAGAUGGUCUAUGGGAACACUUGAGCAAUGAAAAAGCUGUGGAUAUUGUCCACAGUCAUCCACGAGCAGGAAGUGCUAAAAGGCUUGUCAAGGCUGCCCUACAAGAAGCAGCAAGAAAACGAGAAAUGAGAUAUUCAGAUCUUCGCAAAAUUGAUAAGAAGGUUCGACGCCAUUUUCAUGACGAUAUAACUGUUAUUGUUUUGUUCCUAAACGACGACCUUAUAUCCAGAGGGAUGGUGCUAGAACCCCCACUCUCAAUCCGAAGCGUUCAUGAUCACUGAUGAUUUAUGAAAGCAAAACAUAUUUCUGCUUCCUCUGAUUUUGGCUGACAUCCAUAAAACAGCACUACCAUCACAGAUAUGCUUUGAUGCAUGGCUUGAGAGCAGCACUGACAAAGCAGUUGCACUUCUGGUAUAAUUAUACUAAGAUUACUUAUCUGAAGAGGCUUAAAAUUUGUAUAAUGUUGUGAGAAAUAACUUUGAUUAUUACAAUUUCAUGUAAUACACUGAUAUAGUUUUAUUUCAUUGCAUGUUCCUUGUUUUCAAAUUACUAAACCCAUUUUUAGGCA